AGGAACCCCCACAUGAGCCCAGGGUAACUCUUCAUGUGGGGGGACAGCCAGUCACCUUCAUGGUAGAUACUGGGGCGCAACAUUCCGUCCUUACCCAGACGACUGGCCCGCUUAGUAAGAAAACAAUAUGGGUAGAAGGAGCCACUGGAGCCAAACGAUACCGCUGGACUACAAGCCGGGAGGUUCAGCUUGCUUCAGGGAAGGUGACUCAUACCUUCCUGCAUGUACCAGACUGUCCCUACCCCCUGCUAGGACGGGACCUACUAACCAAGCUUGGAGCACACAUCUACUUUGAAAACAAGGGAGCCAAGGUUACUGAUUCCAAAGGGACACCCAUACAAGUGCUUACUCUUAAAUUAGAAGAUGAAUAUAGACUACAUCAUGGUCCCCAUCCUGUCCAGACAGACAUAGAUCAGUGGCUGUCCAAGUACCCUGACGCUUGGGCAGAGACGGGAGGAAUGGGGCUGGCCAUACACCAGCCACCCCUAAUUAUUGAACUAAAAGCCACCGCGACCCCGGUGGCUGUCAAGCAAUAUCCUAUGACAGCCGAAGCCCGCCAAGGAAUUAGGCCACACAUUAAAAGACUGCUGGAACAAGGGAUAUUAAUCCCAUGCCGGUCAGCCUGGAACACCCCUCUGUUGCCUGUUAAGAAACCUGGGAGCGGGGAUUACAGACCAGUGCAGGACCUGAGAGAAAUCAACAAGCGGGUAGAACAUAUCCCCCCUACAGUCCCAAUCCCUUAUAACUUGUUGAGCACCCUGUCUCCCAGCCAUACCUGGUACUCUGUAUUGGACCUAAAAGAUGCCUUCUUCUGCCUAAAGCUGCACCACCAGAGUCAGCCCCUGUUCACCUUCGAAUGGAAGGACUCCGAUCUGGGAAUUUCCGGUCAGCUUACUUGGACACGGCUGCCACAGGGGUUCAAGAACAGCCCCACCCUCUUUGAUGAGGCCCUGCACCAAGAUCUGACUGCUUUCAGGACCCUCCACCCCCACCUGAUUCUGUUGCAGUAUGUAGAUGACAUUUUGCUGGCGGCAGAGACACGGGAAGAGUGCCUAACAGACCGCAUCCAGUUCGGAGCCCCCGUCACCCUCAAUCCUGCAACACUGCUACCUGUGGCGGAGGGACCUGACUCCCAAACCGACCAUGAUUGCCUUCAGGUCCUGGCUGAAGUCUUCGGCACCCGACCAGACCUCAGCGAUCAACCACUAGAGGGAGCAGAUUAUACUUGGUACACGGAUGGGAGCAGUUUCCUUGCAGAGGGUAAGCGCAGGGCAGGGGCAGCGGUCACCUUGGACAACAAAGUAAUAUGGGCAGAACCCUUACCAGAGGGGACAUCCGCACAAAAAGCUGAGCUGGUGGCCCUGACACAGGCCCUGCGAUUGGCGGAAGCAUCCAUGGGUGCAGCCUGUGGCCUCUGGUUGCGACUGCUUACCCCACUUUCUGGCUCUGUGGGCUGUGGAGCUGAGGCAAACCCAGGAGCCUCCCACACGUCACUCCUUCAACGGGCAGAGCACCCCCUGAGCCGUCCUCGACCUUGGAAGCGUGAGACAUGA